GUGGGGUCUCGCGAGAGCUGAGGCUGGCCAAGAUGGCGGGCGUGGAGCUGCGCUUCAGCGCCGCCGCCGGGGACUCGGAGCCGCCCGUCCGGCCGCUGCUCGUCGUGGGGCAGCUGCCCAACCUGCAGAGGCUGCGAUGGGCCGACAUCAGCGGCAAGCUGUCGCCCCAGGUGACGGAGGAGGUCUGGCAGACAGCACUGGGCAACCUCAAUCCCAACCCCACAGAUAACUGCCCCCUGUACCUGACGUAUGCCACAGUUGCUGCCCUGCCCUCUCGAGUCAGUCGUCACAACAGCCCAUCUGCAGCCACGUUCCUCACCCGCUUGGUUCGAAGCUGUCUGCCCGGAGGAGCCAACCGCUGUAUUGUAAUGGUUUGUGAGUGGUCUGAUGUUUUCGCUUCCGGCUGUGCGAUUGCAAGAGCAUUUCCGCUCUUUUCCCGCCGAUCCAGUGCCUCCAGACGCACGGACAAACGUGUAGUUACGGUGGAGUUCCUGCUUGUUGGACAGAACAAUGGCCCCAUUGAUGCAACAGCUCUUGAGUGUUUAGAGAGCGCGGCGGAUGGAAUCCGGCUGGCAGCCCGAAUUGUGGACACGCCCUGCAAUGAAAUGAACACUGAUACUUUUCUUGAGGAAAUUAAGAUGGUUGGGAAUGCACUAGGAAUUGUUCCCACCAUUAUCCAGGGCGAGGAGUUGAGAGAACAAGGAUUUGGAGGCAUAUACGGUGUUGGGAAGGCAGCAAUGAAUCCUCCUGCACUUGCAGUUCUCAGUUAUUUACCAGAGGGCGCCACGCAGACAAUUGCCUGGGUCGGCAAAGGCAUUGUGUAUGACACAGGAGGCCUGAGCAUUAAAGGAAAGACCACCAUGCCAGGAAUGAAGAGAGACUGUGGAGGAGCAGCAGCUAUUCUUGGAGCUUUCAAGGCAACUGUGAAACAAGGUUUUAAGGACAAUCUGCAUGCUGUGUUCUGCCUGGCUGAGAAUGCAGUUGGACCCCGAGCAACCAGACCUGACGAUAUACAUCAGAUGUACUCUGGAAAGACAGUUGAAAUCAAUAACACUGAUGCUGAGGGCCGCUUGGUACUGGCAGAUGGAGUUGCCUACGCAUCCAAGGAUCUGGGAGCAGAUAUCAUCCUUGACAUGGCAACACUGACGGGAGCACAGGGUAUCUGUACAGGGAAAUACCAUGCUGCUGUCCUGAGCAACACCGAGGAGUGGGAGGUGGCCUGUGUUAAAGCCGGUCGGAGCAGCGGAGACCUCGCCCACCCUCUCGUCUACUGUCCUGAGCUCCACUUCAGUGAGUUCACCUCUGCCGUGGCUGAUAUGAAGAACUCCGUCGCUGAUCGUGACAACGCUCAAAGUUCCUGUGCUGGUCUUUUUAUCGGUGCCCACGUUGGAUUUGACUGGCCUGGAGUGUGGGUCCAUGUGGACAUUGCAUCCCCUGUACACACAGGUGAGCGUGCGACAGGCUUCGGCGUUGCCUUCCUGCUGGCCCUGUUUGGCCGUGCUUCCAGAGACACCAUGCUGAACCUUGUCUCCCCGCUGGGCGCUAGCACAGACACACACCUGGUGCCGAAUGAGGGUGAUGGCAGCUUGUCCAAGCGCAGGCGACUGGUGUAAGAGAAGCAAAGCUCUCUACAUAGUUAUGUCAAUGAUGUAUCUACACAAAUCAAUUGACUGUCCAGGUAUAACGGGUCUCACGUGUCACUGGCUGCCCUGCUUUUUUCAAGGAGAUGGUUUACUUGUCAUCACGAGGGAGCUCAGAAGCACUGUUAGCCAGAGGGACAAAUCUCAUACUGGUGUCUCACUGAUGUCCUGAUUUUUUUUUUCCUCUCCAAUCUGAACCAAUAAGGUUUAAGGCAAAGCCUGUACAAAGUGUCUCUAAACUUUUCCUCCCCACCACUUCACUCUGAUGUUGGUAACAAAUUCCACUCAGAAGAAAGCUGCUGUGAACCAGCCAAGAGACUAGGCACAUACACCCCCUACUGUACCCAGGGCCCACUUCCAAAGAAGCUGAGAGCUGCUGUCCUACAUGGGCUUCAUUCUUUUAUAGGACAUUCUCUAUUUGAUUUAAGACGAUGAGCAGAUUGAAAUGCCUGAUCUUAUUAAACUGGUUUGCACAA